UAAUGUGUGCCCUAUUACAAAAACCGAAUCUAUUUAGACCGAUUCGUAUUCGUAUUCGUAUUCGUAUUCGUAUUCAGAGUUCGCUUACUAGAAGAGUCGAAGUCAAAACGUUUUCCAACAACUUCUUGAAGUAUUUGGUUAACUUUUCCCGGAGAAAGAAAGAUCUACUGUAGAAUAAUACGCCCUAUUCUUUUACUUCUUCCUCCUUACACUACCAUUAAUUCUCUCCCCCUUCAAAUUAUCCCCAAUUUCCCAAACCCUAAAUCAAUCCCACACUAUUCUUAAUUCACAUUCAAUAGUCCCUGCAAUUCAAAUUCAGGCGAUGUCGACGGUACCUUCAUCGUCAUCUGCGUCAAUUUCUUCGCAGUUUACAUAUUCAAAUGGAUCGUAUUUUCCGACGCCGUUUCAUCUCCAACAAACUCAAUACGUUGCGCCGCCGCAACCUCCGCUUCCUGCCGCCGUCCCCGUCAUUCCUACCGCUGCUCCCAUCGCCCCUUCAGUGUAUCCUGCUGCACCAGGGGUUUACACGCUCCCCCAAUUUCAGCAGGCACAACAAUUAUUUCAAAAGGAUGCACAAACUAUCACUCCUGAAGCUCUAGAGAGUGUCAAAGCAGCUCUUGCAAGCAGUGACAUUGAACAUAAAGCGGAAACAAAGAAGAAAGCAGUACCUCGUAGAGCUGCUGGUCAGGCAUGGGAGGAUCCAACACUUGCCGAGUGGCCAGAAAAUGACUAUCGCCUAUUUUGUGGUGACCUUGGAAAUGAGGUGAAUGAUGACGUCUUAUCGAAAGCAUUUUCACGCUUUCCUUCCUUUAACAUGGCCAAAGUGGUUAGAGAUAAACGGACUGGUAAGACUAAGGGUUAUGGAUUUGUGAGCUUUGCCAACCCUACGGAUCUUGCCGCCGCUCUAAAAGAAAUGAAUGGUAAAUAUGUUGGAAACCGGCCAAUUAAACUACGCAAAAGCAACUGGAAGGAAAGAAUAGAUCAGGAGGCUUUGGAAAGGCAAAAGCACCAAUCCUACAAGAAGCCUAAGCUGGCUAAGAAGAGUGUAUUGCACAAGUGACUACAAGCAGUAUUUUGAUGUAACAACUGGAGUCGAUUGAAAUUUGAGGAACCAUGAUGUUCCUAUGAUUGGUUGGGAUGAUAAUAACAACUGGUCUAUGGAUACCAAAAGAAGAGCAAGAGUCCUGUAUUUUAUGUAUGAUUGUCUGAUUUGAAAUGAUAUAGAAAUUGUCUGAUUGACUCGUACAAUUCAUAGUCUAAACUUUAAAGCUCUAAUUUUCAAUGCUAAUACUAUGCUUGAAUAUUGUAGAAUAUUAUUUUCUUGUUUGCCAUUUAAUAGUAUCUACAUUUACAAUAUUGAAAGACAAUUUUAA